AUGCUGCUGUCCCUCGUGAUCACGGCAGGGGCGGCGCUAGGCGUGGUGGAAUCCUUCCUCCCUCCCGCAGCUCUCCAGUGUCACCCGUCGGUUCCCUUCGGUACGGCCGCCGCGGCAAGGCUGGGUAGGAACAAAGGGCUGCCGGUGCCAGCGGCAUCAUCUCGGGACGGGGGCAGCGGCGGCGGCGUUGAGGACCAGGGCCGGCGGUGGGAGGAGAUGGAUCGCGGGGGCGGGGGCGGUGAUGCUGACGAUGACCUGCUGUCCGAAGUCAAGGGCCGGGACUGGCGAUUGUUCCGCAAGAACCUCAUCACCCGGUACGGAGAAGACAUCGGCAAGGACCCGUGGAGCGACGGGUGCUGGGCGCAUGACAUCGGGACGGUGGAGGCGGGCUGUCUGCUGAUCGCCACGGAGGAGAUCGACAGUGGAACGUUCCACCAGUCCGUCAUCCUCGUCCUCAGUCACGCGAGAGACCAGGGCACCCUGGGCCUGAUCCUCAACCGCCCGGGGCCGCAGCGGCUCCGCUCGCUGCCUGGCCUGCAACCGGACCUCGCGGAAGUCUUCGGAGAUUCGCAGGUUUUUGACGGCGGACCCAUGGGUCUCGGCACGAUGACCGUGCUGCACGACGCGAACGUGGAGGGGAGCGACCCCGUACUGGACGGAGGCGUUUUUGCAGGGGGGUUCGAUACCCUGGUCGACGUCACUCGCCAGGGGACGGUGUCUAAAGACCGAGUUCGAUUCGUGCACGGGCAUUCCGCCUGGUCACCGGGGCAGCUGCAGGGAGAGCUGGACCACAAUCAGUGGUUCGUGGCCGCGGCGGCACCGGAGCUGAUCACCGAGCACUGCGAUAAGCCCUUCCACCCGCUCUGGACCAAGUUGCUCCGCCUGAUGGGGGGCAAGUACCAAGAGGUAGCCAAGCGGAACGAGCCUAGGCUGUGA